GUCGUCACAAAGUUUGCCGUCUGCAGAAUUCGUGGUUAAACUAGUGAGCGUAUAUCCAUCCGGGUUUGUCAAACGGUUUCAGUCUCCUGUAAAGCAAAUUCAAAGUUUGAAUAAAUGUGACUUGGAGCGUGGAACCAUCAUUAUUAUGAUCUUGAUCUGACGACACAACAAAAAGAAAAAAGGCGAAGACGUAACACCAACCAUGAAAAUCACAGAAUUUAUCGGCCUUCAAAUAUUUGAAUUUUUGUACUUGUUACUUUUGGCCUUUCUCCCGUUUGUGGUCCUGCAGCGAAGUGUGUCGUUUGUUAUCCUCGCGCUGAUUGGUUUGUGGGUUGUUUAUUAUUCCUACAAGAAGCUGACGACCAAAGCUGUAGAGGCGCUGGGCAAAACAGUUCUUAUUACUGGCUGUGAUUCAGGAUUUGGCCACGCACUGGCAAAGCGACUGGAUGCGGUAGGGUUCACCGUGUUCGCUGGUUGUCUGUCUAAAGAAAGUGAUGGCGCCACGCUUCUGCAGAAUACCUCAGACAGGAUCCACACCCUGGAACUGGAUAUCACAAAGGAUGAAUCUAUCAGAGAGUGUCUGGAGACAGUCCAAGAACACUGUGGAAGCAAGGGUCUGUGGGCUCUAGUCAACAAUGCUGCAAUCAAUUAUAUAGGCGAUGUGGAGUUCUCUUCUAUGGACGCUUAUAGAAGAGUUGGCGAGGUCAACCUGUAUGGCACCAUCAACAUGACGAAACAGUUUAUUCCACUCGUACGAACAGCUAAAGGACGUAUUGUCAUAGUAACAAGCGCCCAGGGAAGGCUGGCUGUGCCAUCGAACUCGACCUACGCCAUCACCAAGUACGGACUGGAAUGUUUCUCAGACAUCUUGCGUCUUGAACUGCAGGGGUUUGGGGUCAAGGUUGUCGUGGUCGAGCCAGGAAAUUUUGGCGGUAGUACAGGAAUGUUAAGUCCACUUGCGCUGUCACGAAUGGAAGAAGAGUUCUCCAAUAUGUGGAAACACGCACACGAUGACGUCAGAACCUCCUAUGGCAAGGACUACUUAGACAGUCAGUACAAGUCGGUUAUACAGGCUGCGGCGACGGCUGGUCCCAACAUCGUCCCAGUCAUAGACGCUAUGGAGGAUGCCGUGUCCAGUGUCUCACCUUCCAUAAGAUACCUGGUCGAUGGUGACAAGAGCUGGUACGACCAUUCAAACUUCCUCAUCAGAAUUCGACCGUUUAUUCCUGACAAAGUGCUCGACUACCUAGUAAAACGAGUGUCUGUUAACACGAGACCAAAACCAGCUCUAGCAACGUAUUGAGAGCAAAACACACACACACACACACACACACACACACACACACACACACAAAAGCACACAAAAGGUGAAAUACCUCUUGAUUACCCGGUUAACUGUUCUAGCGUUUUGUCGAAUCCAAAGAAAUUUAAUUCAGUUAAACUGUAAUCAAUUAAUUUUGAUCCCCGUCGGUAGGCCUAUUUCAUGUUCCAGCCAGUGCACCACGGCUGGUAUAUCAAAGGCCGUGGUGUGUGCUAUCCUGUCUGUGGGAUAAUGCAUAUAAAAGAUCCACUAGAGCACAUUGAUUUAUUAAUCAUCGGUUAUUUGAUGUUGGUAAUUUGCACAUAUAGUGUUUGAGAAAACCCUCUACCUUUUUAACCAUUAGUAGCAAGGGAUCUUUUAUAUGGAAAUAGCUCAAUGGGCCCACCGACGGGGAUCGAUCCCACACCGACCUCGCGUUUUACCACUGGGCUACGUCCCGCCCUUCAACAAAACAAAUGCCAGAUUGUCAUCCCAAUCUAACCUGAGGAUAAAGAAUUUUAUUUUAUUAUUGUUUCGAUGUGUGGUAUUUCCAGUAUUCUGAAAAAUGCAAAAUAAAGUUAAGCUUAUGAUUAAUUAAUCAAUGUGAUCUUUAAAACUAACUUUUCUUAAAGGGACAUUCCUGAGUUUGCUGCAUUGCAAGAUUUUUUCGACAAAUAAAAUAGUUCUACAAUUAAACUUACAUAU